CGCUCGAGCGUCGCGCGGCCUAAUCAUGGCGUAGGAUGUUAAAAGUGGUUCGUUCUUUCGUGCAUGAUUCUCCGUUAGAAAGUCGAGGAUUUAGUGGACGUCUUUGUGAUUAGUUGCCGUUCGAAAUUCGAGGAGGAAACGUGGCCCCAUGCGAACCUAACCGUCGGUUGCAUCUGUGUCGAAGAAUGCAGAUCCAUUGUAAACGACACGUUAUCGGCGUCCUGUACCGGCACAAAUUUUGGAAAGAAAGUACACCGCGUAACGGGACUCACUCGCCGGUAUCGAAGUUGAACGAAUUCUCCGAUUAUCGGGGACGUAUCGACGCUGGUCAGGAACGCGCAGGAAUCGAGCCUGAUGUCCAUAUGGUCGACGAGCACUGGACGCAAUUCAGUGUUUGGCGCGGAAGGCGGUGCGAUACUCCCUUCCACGCAGUUACCGAUCCACGUACACGUGGCGCGCACACAUCUGCGCAACGCUGACGGCCACUGCUUCCACAAACGAUUCCACGAUUGUCAGUCGAAGAUGUCGCAGUCAGGGGAUGGCCUCCACACGCCGGGUUAUCUCUCCUGGAGAAAACUACAGCUCAGCCGAGCGAAACUCAAAGCGUCGAGCAAAACGUCUGCCCUGCUUUCCGGUUUUGCCAUGGUCGCCAUGGUGGAGGUUCAGCUGAACUCCGACACAAAAGUUCCAUCACAGAUGCUAAUCGCGUUUGCCGUGUGCACGACAUUGCUAGUGGCGGUUCACAUGUUGGCUCUGAUGAUAUCGACGUGCAUCUUGCCGAACAUAGAGGCUGUCUGUAACCUCCACAGCAUCAGUCUGGUGCACGAAUCGCCACACGAACGUUUGCACUGGUACAUCGAGGUAGCGUGGGCGUUCUCCACGUUGCUGGGACUGCUCCUUUUUCUUCUCGAGAUCGCCAUACUGUGUUGGGUCAAGUUCUACGAUUUCUCCCAAGUGGCAGCUUGGUCCGCGUGUAUUGUGUUGAUACCUGUGUUGAUAAUCUUCCUAGCGUUCGCGAUACACUUCUAUAGGAGCCUGGUCGCUCACAAGUACGAGGUGACGGUGUCCGGUAUAAGGGAACUGGAGUUACUUAAAGAGCAAAUAGAGUCGACAGAUGUCGAGGGUAGAAACGGUGUUAAUCUUUUACAGACCGGCGUGACGCACGUGGUCUGAACAUAACGUAGAGUGUCUUGCAACGAAUUACCCUUCAAAUGUGAUAACCUCUCUCGGAGAAACCAUGGAGGGUGGUAAAUCUCCAAAUGCACGACUGCUGCGCAGAGUUGUACAUAUAAAGUCAACCGAAAGACAGGCAGCGCUGGACGAUCAUUGAUCUGAAACAAUACUAAACAUGACUGUAUUAUAUGCACGCGGUUACAGAAAUUCAUGUGAACGUUUCGGGGUAGUAUGGUCAACUCGACGCUAAGCCCUAUCACAGGGUGAGCCAGACGCAAAUUUACACAGGCCCCGGAUUUCUGUAACUGGGUUGUAUCCUUUUUAUAACGUCUCUAUAACGCAAGCAGAAAAGACUUUGUCUCUGUUCUUUUUUCUCUCGUAAGCUUGGAACUGGCUUGCGUACAAUUUUAAAACGGAACGUCUGUUCCUUUCAAGAGCGGCGUAAUUCCUAUUGCUACUAUUAUUAUUAUUUCCCGGUUACCAGAGAGCCAACGUUCGACGAAGAGCUCCGAAACAUUCCCUUUCUCGCGUAGCGACUUAAAUGUAAUGGUUAAACGAUAGGUGUGUAUUAUCGUUCGCAAGUGUAUCGCGUGUAGCAGCUCGAAUUGCUCGUGAAUGGAAGUUUAUAGUUUGUUGAAUAUGCGUGACUGGACUGCGUUGGAUGUACUUAUCUCUUUUGAAAGCGUGCCUGUUUCGCGAGGCAUUAUUACCACGACUCCUUUAGUUUCGUUCAUUUAUUCGUUGUUUCACGUGACAGUCUUAUGCUCAAGCGGUUUUUUUUUUCAAGCUCUUUAUACGGAGGUAAAGCAAACGAUUCGACUCUCACGUGAUUAUAUUGUCUCUCUUGCGUUUGUACUUGGUAAACAGACUGCCGUCGUUAAACUCUCUAUAGCCCAAUUUUAUUUCGCUUUCGAUAAAAAAAAAAAAAAAUAAA